CUUCCGGCGAUACCCUGACUACGUCAAGAUGGCGCUGUGGGUCUGUACGGCACUGUACACGGGCAGCAUGCUCCUCUCGAGCUGGGCGACCCAGGCGUGGCAGCUCGUCGUCCUGCAGGGCAUCGUCUGCGGCGCGACCGGCAGCAUCAUGUACACGCCCGUCCUCAUGUGGCUCAACGACUGGUGGGUCGCCAAGAAGGGUCUCGCCGGCGGCAUCAUCUUUGCGGGUGCCGGCAUCGGCGGCCUCAUCUUCCCAUUCAUCAUCUCGUCGCUCCUGUCGUGGCGCGGUUUCCCGUGGAUGGUCCGCAUCUGGGCCGUCCUCGCCGGCACAACGCUCGCCCUGUCGGUCUACCUCAUCAAGCCUCGCGUCCCGCCGCGCAAGCUGCGCAGCCACGAGCGCGGUCCGUGGCUCGCGACCGACGGCGCCUUCCUGCGCGACCCGAUCAUGCUCCUCACGCUCGGCACGUCGUUCGUGUCGUCCCUGUCGACCUUCCCCGUGUCGCUGUACCUCGCGACGUACGCGUCCAACUUGACGCCGUCGGCAUUCGAGGCCGAGAUCGUCGUCGGCAUCUACAACGUCGCGUCGUCGUUCGGGUGCGCCUUUACCGGUUGGCUCGCCGACAUCGACUACCCGUUGGCGACGACUUUUUGCGGCGUCGCCGGCGCCGUCGCCGCGUUCGCGUCGUGGGGCCUCGCCGACUCGCUCGCCAAGGUGUACGGGUUCGCCGUCCUGUCGGGCUUCACGUCGCAGAUCAUCGCGUCGUGGUCGGGCUGCGCGCGCGACGUGUCGGGCGGCAACCCGUACGUCGGGUCGCUCGUUUUCGGCGUCCUUGCCGGCUCGAGGGGCCUCGCGAGCAUCGCCAUGCCGUUCAUCUCCGAGGAGCUGUACCGCCCGAGCGACGAGAAGGAGUCGUGGGGCCGGUUCGGGUUCUACAGGAUGAUGCUCUUUGUCGGCGUCACGGCGGCCAUCUCGGCGCUCGGCGGCGUUGCGCUCAAGGUCGUGCGCUCGAGGAUGGUCAAGUCGGGCAGGCUGCGCGCUUGACGAGGGACGGGUUCUUGAGUACUCCAUAGACGCAUAGCUGCUGUAACACCGCCCCCUUUUCACCUCUCGUCGCGACCUUCUCAAGU